ACUGAAACCUCUUCUUCCCUUUAGCCUUUUCAGUGCAUAGGGUUUUAGCAUUUUGAGCUAUCAUUCUCUCUCGCUCACUGCGUGUUUUUGAGUGUGUGUAGUGUGUGUCCUUUUUCUUUUCUUUCUUGAAUUAUUGAAUUUUUAUUAUCAAAAUGACUAAAUUCCGAAAGCUUAAUCGACCAACUGGUCAUCGAAUGUCCAUGCUCAGAACCAUGGUGUCCCAAUUGGUAAAGCAUGAGCGUAUUGAAACCACUGUUGCAAAGGCUAAGGAAGUUCGGAGGCUUGCUGACAACAUGGUACAGCUCGGAAAAGAGGGUACCCUUUGUGCUGCAAGGCGUGCUGCUGCCUUUGUUCGGGGAGACGAUGUUAUUCACAAACUCUUUACGGAAUUGGCUUAUCGAUACAAGUAAUGUUUUAACCUGAUGCUUUACAAAAUGUUGUUGCGCAUUUCUGGUUGUAAUAGUUGACGGACAUGUCUGUAUAACAGGGAGAGAGCUGGUGGGUACACUAGAGUGCUUCGUACUCGAAUCAGAGUUGGUGACGCCGCUCCAAUGGCAUACAUUGAGUUUGUAGACAGAGAAAACGAACUUAGGCAGGCAAAACCUCCGACUCCCCAACCACCACAGAGGGCACCAUUGGAUCCCUGGACUAAAUCACGACUCAGCAGGCAAAUUGCUCCUCCUAAAGAAGACAAGAGCUCAGAGUCCGACAGCUGAGAUAUUUGUGCAUGAAGUUUAUUUUGGCUUUUUGGUCUGAAUUGCAAGAUAAUCCCCUUCUUCAACCACAAGUUUUAAUAGCUAGGCAAAUGCUUGGAGCUUUAUUUCAAGCAUAAUGUAUUCAUGUGCUACUAGAAUCUUUCGCAACUGAUGUGCUGUCAACUUCAAAGAACAGUUUUCUGCACCAAUGUAAAAAUUGUGCAUCAACCAUGAUUUUGGGAGGAAAGCAAGACUGCAAGAGCUGCCCUUUUGGCAAUAUCUACUUCAAUUACGAAUAUUUGUUAUGGCUUGAUCUUUGAUACAGUUGAUGCAACUGAGGGUUUUUUUUCUUCUUGUGGAUAAAAAUAUCAUGCGAGUUGGGAAUGUUAUUGUUAGGUAGUCCCAAGCUUGAGCCUAGAGUUCCCAGUUCUGGGAAUCAGGAUAAUUUUUUUUGCGGAUUGCAAGGAAUAUUAAGGAUCGAUACACACUUGUUAUUCAUGUAUUUUAAGUAAAAUGGUCUUUUUCAUCA